AGCAUUUGAACAUAGACAGCAUCAGCUUUAUGAAACAGCACUCCUCAAUCCUAAAACAUCAUGCAGUUUGCCUUCGUCGCUUUCUUUCUCUUCACUUCUAUCCUGUCUUUAGGACGGGCAAGAAAUGUAGACCUUCGGCUCACAGAACCACGAACAUCCAGCCUUUCCACGAUGAAGAGCAUGUGCAGCGACUGCAACAAGAUCGUACAGUUGUUGACGGAUAUGCUCUCCAAUCCAGACACUCAGCAUCAUAUUGAAAAUGUUUUGGACAAGUUUUGUUCUGAACACCCCGUCAUCCCGUUGUGUAUGGAUGGAGCAAGGACAUAUGUGCAUUUGGUCAUCAAAUAUUUCAGUGCAUACGCAAAGCAAAAUGGCGACAUAUGCUCAAUGUUGGGACUGUGUGCCGUCCAGUCCGAGAGAGAAGCGCCGGCAGAGCUCAUGGUUGGCCUGGAUGAACGUGGGGUACUCUAUGCAAAACCCUCAAGAGGAACUAGUCAAGAGGUUCAUAACAAUCCCAUCUGUACCUUCUGUCUGUUCUUCAUAAAGACACUUGAGGGCAUGUUACCAAAAGAGAGAACUGCAGAGAUCAUAGAGAACCUUCUGGAGAAAAUCUGCGAUCAUUUGCCUGAGCAAUAUAAGGACAUGUGUGACACCUUCGUAGAAACGUAUGGAAAGAAGCUGAUUGAUCUCCUGUUGUCCUCUCUCCCUCCACACGCCAUCUGUACGGCACUGGGUCUGUGUCUCUUCCCAGAGACACCACUGACUCUGUCCACAGACUGCGAUUCCUGUAAGAUACUAGCGGCUCUCUCCCGGUUUCAUCUGGGUCACAACGCGACGGAGAUCCAGACCUCUGACCUGCUCCAGAAGAUCUGCCACCUUCACCCUAAUGCUAUUCCUCAAUGUGAAGGGUUUGUGAAGCUUCAUGGCCACCGGCUCCUGAAGAGUGACGGGAAAAAGCCAUUCAUCAGCGAGUGUCAGGAAGAUUACCUUUGCACGGGACACAAGUGAAAGUGAUCAAUCGAAUAAGAUUCCAGCUUUCUUUUGAACACUCGACCAAGCUUUUUGAAUCCACUUCCUUUACACACAAAAUCAAACGAGAUUUGAGACAUACAUAAAUUUGAGUUCAGGCAUUGACUGUUAAAUCUGCUUCAAAUUACCAUUAUUUUUUUUUUAAAUGUAACCUUUCUUAAUUUCUAGUUAGUUAAAAUAAUCAUUUAUGUGUUGUAUCUGUAGUUCCAUAAUGCAAACCACACUGGGUAGACAUGUAAUUACAAACUAGUGAACUUAGCCAAUAAAGUGUGUAACAUUACAUGAA